AUGGAGCGGUUGCAGUCCGUGCUCAACGCCCUGGGAGAUGAUACGUCUAAACUAGUCUUGGAUCUGAGCUGUCGAAAACGGGACAACACCUGGUUUGUCGCCAUGGACCGAUGGCAAACUAUUACGGAAAUGGAGAUCACACACGAGACAAUCAAAAUGCUCGAGCCGCACUGCUCCGAAUUCCUGAUCCACGCCGCCGAUGUCGAGGGCCUGCAGCGUGGAAUCGACGAGGAACUCGUCUCGAGGCUGGCUGAAUGGUGCUCGAUUCCAGUGACCUAUGCCGGCGGCGGGCGAGGCCUCGCCGACCUGCAUCGCGUCAAGACAAGCAGUGGCGGUAAGGUCGAUCUCACGAUCGGUAGUGCGCUCGAUGUUUUCGGCGGGAGCGGCGUCACCUUUGCGGAGUGUGUGGAAUGGAAUAAAAUCCACGGGAACUAG